AUGUCGUCCGCUACUGUCACAAAGACCAACAUCGGUGUGUACACCAAUCCCAAGCAUGACUUGUGGAUCGCCGAGACUACCCCCAAAGUGGAAGAUGUGCAGUCUGGAAAGGGUUUGAAGCCCGGUGAGGUGACCAUUGAAGUGCGCAGUACAGGAAUUUGCGGAUCCGAUGUCCACUUCUGGCACGCAGGCUGUAUCGGCCCAAUGAUUGUCACUGGCGACCAUGUUCUAGGUCACGAAUCCGCCGGCCAAAUCGUCGCUAUCGCACCCGAUGUGACCUCGCUCAAGCUCGGCGACCGUGUUGCCAUUGAGCCCAAUAUCAUUUGCAACGCCUGUGAGCCAUGUCUGACUGGUCGCUAUAACGGAUGUGAGAAGGUCGACUUCCUGUCUACUCCCCCUGUUGACGGUCUACUGCGCCGAUAUGUCAACCACCCCGCCAUCUGGUGCCACAAGAUUGGAGAUAUGAGUUACGAGAAUGGUGCCCUCCUGGAGCCACUGAGUGUCACUCUCGCUGCUGUGGAGCGUAGUGGAUUACGUCUCGGUGACGCCUUGCUCAUUACCGGUGCAGGACCGAUCGGCCUGAUCAGUUUGUUGAGUGCACGAGCGGCAGGUGCCUGCCCUAUCAUCAUCACUGAUAUUGACGAGGGUCGAUUGGCCUUUGCCAAGAGCCUGGCUCCUGAGGUGCGUACCUAUAAGGUGGAGAUUGGCAAGUCCGCCGAGGAGUGCGCAGAUGGAAUCAUCAAUGCUCUGAACGAUGGCAAGGGCUCCGGUCCCGAUGCGCUGCGCCCCAAGCUGGCCCUGGAGUGCACAGGUGUCGAGAGCAGUGUCAAUUCGGCAAUCUGGAGUGUGAAGUUUGGCGGUAAGGUCUUUGUGAUCGGUGUGGGCAAGAACGAGAUGACGAUCCCCUUCAUGCGUCUGAGCACCCAGGAGAUCGACCUGCAGUACCAGUACCGCUACUCCAACACCUGGCCUCGCGCCAUUCGCCUGGUCCAGAACGGCGUUAUUGAUCUCCGCAAGCUGGUCACUCACCGAUAUACCAUCGAGGAUGCUCUCAAGGCAUUUGAGACGGCUGCCAACCCCAAGACUGGCGCGAUUAAGGUACAGAUUAUGAGCUCGGAGGAGGAUGUUAAAGCUGCGGAAGCAGGAAACAGCCUCUAA